CUCAUCGCGCACCACAACAACAUUCCUCAGCGAGCGGCGGCGAUCACGGCAUCCCCUCGCUCCUCCCCAUGACGGACUUCAUUAAAUAUAAAGACUCCUUUGUGAUAUUUAUGAGGCCAACUGUGGUGUGCCAUUUUCAACAUUUGGUGACCUUGGUGGAUGAAACACUUCAUAGCUUUCAUAGCUUAAGGAUUCCGGACAAGUGAUGGAAUUGGUAUCGUAUGGAAGGUGCUGACGAUAAGGACCACUUCCGGGAUCUGGAAUUAAUCAGAGAGAGAUGCAGCGCCAAAAACAAAAAUCGAGGAAGAAAUGGAGAGGAGGCUGGGGGAACAAGACCCAUGCCAAUUUGUGUGAUAAAAGGUCACACCAACGAUGUCACAAGUGUUGAUUUUUCUGGCCGAUCUCUCCUUGCAACAGGCUCGUUGGACAAAAGUGUGCGAGUGUACAAGUGGCAUGUUGGAGACAAGUUUGUGGAAGUGAGCUAUUCUCCUCUCCUGGGACACACAUAUGGUGUUAAUUCUGUCAAUUUUUCUCCAUUUGGCUCAAAACUGGCAUCUGCUUCUAUUGAUGGGUCCACAAUUAUCUGGGAUGUAAAGAGUGGUGAGCAAUUGUGCUCCCUGCUGCCUUCCAGUGAGGCUGCUGUUAGGGUCUGUGCCUUCUCUCCCAACUCUGCCUUGUUGGCGACUGGUGGAGAUGAUGACAUGGCAGGGAUCUGGGAUGUUUCUACACUUUCUCUUCUCAGGAAUGAACAAAGCCCUGAAAAGUGUUUAUUGAGACGUAUGUGUGGAGAUGAGUCAACUGUUACAAGUUUAAGCUUCACCCCAGAUAGCUGUUAUCUAGCUACUGGAAGCAGUGGAGGUGAACUGCGAGUGUGGGAUGCUCGCUAUGGCCACUCUGUGCCUCUUGCUGUCAAGGCAGAAGCUCAUGAUCUAGGUGUAUGCUCAAUUCACUUUAGUCCAUCAAUUGGAAAAGAAAACACUGGUACCCUUGGAAAACAGUACCUGUUGGCAUCAGGUGGACAGGAUACAGAACUACAUUUAUGGGUUGUGGAGAUAGGAAGCCAAGUAUUGGGUGGGGACAGCACACCGUCCAUCACCCUUCACCAUAGUUUGCAGGGCCACUGUGCACCAAUCAUGUCAGUACGAUUCAGUGCUAAUGGAUCACUUCUGGCAUCUGCAUCAGGAGAUAAGACUGUCAGGCUUUGGGAUCCUAUAAAACAAAUCGCUCUGGGUGUGUUGGAGGGUCACAAGCGAUAUGUCACCUCAUGUGCCUUCAGUGAUGAUGGGGUACUGGUUGCUGCUGGGAGUGGGGAUCGAGUGGUCAACGUGUGGCGGGUUGAUGGAGCCACCAAUGCUGGUCAGAGCUCUGCUUCAUCAACUGACACUAUGAGAAAGCUACAUGUCAGGUUUCCCUCGGUCAGAUUUCGGGAAAAUACAAGGGUUAUUGAUUGGAAUUGUGAAGAUGUGUGUGAGUGGUUGGUUGAACAAGGGUUAGCAGAAUACUCUCACAAUUUCCGAUCUCAUGCCAUUGAUGGACGUGAAUUGCUCUCAGUUACAGAUGACAUUCUUGAGAAAAAACUUGGUGUAGGUAAGUAUGUUAUUUGUCUCUUAAUCUUCAUUACUUUCAUAUUUCUUUAUCCAUAGUCCUAGUUUUUAUGGUCUGUAAUCUAUGAAGCACAUUGCAGGAAAAUGAACUACAGUAAAACCUCAGCUCACGACCAUAAUUCGUUCUUAAAUUCUGUUCGUCACCUGAUUUGUUCGUCCCCUGAAUCAAUUUUUCCCAUAAGAAUGUAUUGAAAUACCAUUAAUCUGUUCCAGACCAAAAAAAAAAUCAUACUUUUGUCCAUAAAACCCA